AUGGCAUCGUCAACCCCUCAAGUCAUAACCUGCAAAGCUGCAGUGGCAUGGGCAGCGGGAGCGCCAUUGGUACUGGAGGAUGUAGAAGUCAGUCCUCCCCAACCAUUCGAGAUUAGGAUUAAGGUUGUCUCCACCUCUCUAUGUCGCAGUGAUCUCUCUGCUUGGGAAUCUCAUGCUAUAUUUCCCCAUGAAGCAUCUGGGGUUGUAGAAAUGAAAGUUAGUCCUCAUGUACCUCUCGACAAAAUAUGCCUUCUAAGCUGUGGCGUCUCUGCAGGUCUGGGUGCAGCAUGGAAUGUUGCCGAUGUGACAAAAGGAUCAACAGUCGUUAUAUUUGGUCUUGGAACUGUUGGCCUUUCUGUUGCUCAAGGUGCUAAACUAAGAGGUGCAUCUAGAAUAAUUGGUGUCGAUAACAAUACACAGAAGUGCGAAAAUGCUAAAUCUUUUGGGGUUACGGAAGUUGUUGAUCUGAAUUCGUACAAUGAACCUAUUGCACAGGUUAUUAAGCGCAUUACUGAUGGUGGAGCCGAUUUCUGUUUUGAAUGCGUCGGUGACACUGAUAUGAUAACAACUGCAUUGCAAUCAUGUUGUGAUGGAUGGGGUUUGACUGUAACACUUGGUGUGCCGAAGGUGAAGCCUGAGAUGUCAGCUCAUUACGGACUAUUCUUGACAGGAAGAACAUUGAAAGGAUCGCUAUUUGGAGGAUGGAAACCUAAAACUGAUCUUCCUUCACUAGUAGAAAAAUAUGUGAACAAGGAAAUUGAGAUUGAUGACUACAUAACACACAAUUUGGCAUUUGAUGACAUUAACAAAGCUUUCAAUCUCAUGAAACAAGGAAACUGUCUUCGUUGUGUUAUCCACAUGCCAAAGUAA